GUUAUAAAGGGCGGGUUGCUCGUGGUGCUUCUCUACUCCCCGCUCUUUGCUAUGGCCUCCGAGCGGCCCCCGUCGGCGUUCGCCGGGGCCGGGCAGCAGAGCGGGCUGCAAGUGUGGAGGGUGGAGCGGCUGGAGCUGGUGCCGGUGCCCCCCAGCCGCCACGGCGACUUCUUCGUGGGGGACGCGUACCUGGUGCUACACACCGUCCGCCGGGCCGCCGCCGCCGCCUACCGCCUCCACUACUGGCUCGGUAGGCAGCGGGACGGGAAAGAAUGUACCCAGGAUGAAAGCACAGCUGCAGCUAUCUUUGCUGUUCAAAUGGAUGACUAUUUAGGAGGCAAGCCUGUGCAGAGUAGAGAAAUUCAAGGAUAUGAGUCUACUGAGUUUGUGGGCUACUUCAAAGGAGGAAUUAAAUACAAGGCGGGUGGUGUUGCCUCUGGAUUUAAUCAUGUUGUUACUAAUGAUCUGAGUGCCCAAAGGCUUCUGCAUAUCAAGGGCCGGAGAGUUGUAAGAGCCACGGAAGUACCCCUGGCUUGGACCAGCUUCAACAAAGGAGACUGUUUCAUUAUUGACCUUGGAACAGAAAUCUAUCAGUGGUGUGGCUCAUCAUGCAAUAAAUACGAGCGGCUGAAGGCUACUCAAGUUGCUGUUGGCAUUCGGGACAAUGAACGAAAUGGAAGGUCUAAAUUAAUUACCGUGGAAGAAGGAAGUGAACCAGACCAGCUCAUAGAGGUUUUAGGGAGCAAGCCAGAGCUUCCUGAGUGUGAUGAUAAUGAAGAUGAGCUGGCCGAUAUUACAAACAGGAGAAGUGCUAAACUAUAUAUGGUGUCAGAUGCAAGUGGAUCCAUGAAAGUGUCCCUGGUAGCAGAGGAAAAUCCCUUCUCCAUGGCUAUGCUUUUGUCUGAGGAGUGUUUCAUUUUGGACAAUGGUGCUGCAAGGAAGAUCUUUGUGUGGAAAGGCAAAGAUGCUAACCCACAAGAGAGAAAAGCUGCCAUGAAGAAUGCUGAACAAUUCAUACAGCAGAUGAAUUAUCCUGCCAACACACAGAUUCAAGUCUUUCCAGAAGGAGGUGAAACGCCAAUUUUCAAACAAUUUUUCAAAGACUGGAAGGAUAAAGAUCAAAGUGAUGGCUUUGGCAAAGUGUAUGUCACAGAGAGAGUGGCUAAAAUUGAGCAGAUUGAAUUUGAUGCUACCAAGUUACAUGAGUCUCCACAAAUGGCUGCCCAGCACAACAUGGUUGAUGAUGGUUCAGGGAAAGUAGAGAUCUGGCGUGUGGAAAGCAGUGGCAGGGUUCCUGUGGGACCUGAAACUUACGGACAGUUCUAUGGUGGCGACUGCUACAUUAUCCUCUACACUUACCCUAAAGGACAGAUCAUCUACACAUGGCAAGGAGCCCAUGCUACAAAAGAUGAACUGACUGCGUCUGCAUUUCUGACUGUUCAGCUGGAUAGGUUAUUGAAUGGUCAGGCUGUGCAGAUUCGAGUCAGCCAAGGCAAAGAGCCUGCGCAUUUACUGAGCUUGUUCAAAAACAAACCACUUAUUGUCUACAAGGAUGGGACAUCCAGGAAUGAAGGUCAGAAACCUGCUCCACCGACGCGACUCUUCCAAAUCCGCAGGAACCUUGCAGCUAUUACUAGGAUUGCGGAGGUUGAUGUUGAUGCAGUCUCUCUAAACUCUAAUGAUGUCUUUGUUCUGAAACUGCCAAACAACUCUGGCUACACCUGGGUAGGAAAAGGAUCAACCAAAGAAGAGGAACAUGGAGCUCAGUACAUUGCCAGCAUUCUUAAUAGCCAGACUGCUAAGAUUAAUGAAGGCCAGGAACCUGAGGAAUUCUGGAAAGCACUUGGAGGUAAAAAAAAGUACCAGACAUCAUCACAACUCUUGACAAAGGCUGAAGAUCACCCCCCUCGCCUGUAUGGUUGUUCUAACAAGACUGGCAGAUUUAUUAUCGAGGAGGUACCAGGAGAAUUCACUCAGGACGAUUUGGCUGAAGAUGAUGUUAUGUUGCUGGAUGCUUGGGAGCAGGUUUUUGUCUGGAUUGGGAAGGAUGCUAAUGAAAUUGAGCAACAGGAAUCCGUUAAAUCUGCCAAACGCUAUAUUGAAACAGAUCCUUCUGGCAGAGACAAGAGGACCUCCAUUGUCAUUGUGAAGCAGGGGCAUGAACCCCCAACUUUCACAGGCUGGUUCCUGGCAUGGGACUCCAACAAGUGGAAGAACUGAUCUACAAAGGAGGCUCCAGCUUCAAGCCAAAGAAUGAUCAGAGCCCAGUUACUUUCUGGCAUCUUUAGGCAUAAGCUUAUGCAACAAUAUAACCCCCAUGUUGAUACGC